AUGCCAUGCACAAUCAAGAUUCGACUCGUGGAAGCACGUGAUAUGCCAAUAGUUGAUCGAACGAAUAAAUUAGCAGAUGCAUAUGUUUGUAUCACGUUUGCAAGCUUUGAAGCCAGAUCAUCCGUGAUGAAAAAGACCUUAAAUCCAAAAUGGGACGAAGAAUUUCGCUUUGAUGUCGCCGAUGAUUCCGUCUUACAGAGUCAACCAAUUGAAUUUAAGCUCAUGGAUCAUGAUGUUUACACGACAGAUGCUACGGUUGGUAUUGUCUAUGUGGAUCUCAAUUGUCUUCUUAUGCGAGACGGACAUGGGAUCCAAGGCUGGUUCCCAGUCUAUGAUACACUCUUGGGUGUUCGGUGUGAAUUGAGUCUAGUUAUUCGUCUUCAGUAUUUUGGAGAUGUGAAUCCAUUUCGUGAAUCUUCAGCCGGUGUGCAGUUUUUUGGCUUAUCAACACUAGAUCCGAGUUUAUACCGGAUUGAGAGUAUGCUGGGUUUCGUGGAAGAGCUCGUGGUGCAUGCAGAUCCAGAGUAUUCAUGGAGUGAUAAUUUUCGCACGUCUAGAAGAAGCAAUGAACAUCGACAAUUGCUACUGUAUAGAUUGUCAUCUCAAGUAGUAACAAUGGUUGGUAAAAAGGCGCUGGAACUUGGAGGGAAUGCAGUGUUGGCGUACAAACAGUUCUUUGAUGUGGAAGGAGAUAGCGGCUUGGUCGCACGUGCGUGUGGUACUGCGUGCUAUAUCACACCGGUAGAAAAAAACGACAAGAGUUUUGGAGACAGUGGUGGCAAUCAACAACGUACACAUAGUGAGGAUGGACAUGACAACGAGCUGAAGGUAAGCACCAGCAAGGACGAGAUUCUAGCGGCGGGAGGCGAUGGUGUGGAUGCUUUGGUGUCGCCACGGUAUUUCCCACGGCGUGUACUGAAGUCACUCAAGGCGCCAGAAGUGUUCAAUAUCUCAGCCCAUGAUGAGGUACAAUUGAUUACGCUGAAAGUCUUUAAUCCUGCAACGAGAAUACGUCUGGCUGGCAUUGUCAGCGCGCGGUCUGUGAAGUAUCUAGGCAAGUUGGCAACAAAGUUGGCUGAUCAAGAAACACGAGACUCCUGGUGGCUUGAGCUCCGUGAAGAGAUCCGGGCUCAUGCACAAUCACUGCAAUGCCCCUUCAUUAUCGGCUACACUGAGACAUGUACCAUUCACGACGAUGUCUGUGUAAUUUCAGCCUCAGGAACUGCUGCUGUCCUGAAAAAUCCUCUUGAAGAGCGGCUGACUCGACGAGAUAUGGUGACGAGUAAUGACGCGGUUGAUGAUGGCCCAGAUAUGCACGCAGCAGCGUCACCGAUGUUAAAUUGCUCGCUGCCGGACUUUUCUGCCUCUCUUAGUCGCUGUAGCCCAUCGUUUUUGUUGCCAUCGCAGUCCCCAGUAGCACCAUAUCGAGCAAAGCCAAGAAGAAGCGCCGUGUCUAAAUCUCCUUGUCUUUUGUGUCACAUUCCGUACUCGCGAUCACUGGCACCAUUUUCCAAUAUGCGGAUGGUGCGUUGUGGUGUAUGUGGAAACAAAUGGGUUCCAGAGAUGAUGAUUGCGUCCAUCGAGCCUCCUGCCGGCCUUGCUAUGGUGGGUAAAGGAGCUUUCAUUCAGGCUCGGGUUUGUCGUCAGCGCAGGAAAGGAACCGGUGACGUAAAUGCAACAAUUGUGUCCAACGCGUUGCCAUUCCUUGAAUACGAGCUCUAUCGGCAGCUCAUUGUCAAGAUGAAAGUGCUUGGCGUGAACGCCGUGUUUGCGUUUAACUCUCAGAUUCAAGUCGGCGGCUCACUUAUAGUCGGUGUCAUUACUGGAACUGGCCUUUACCUUCCUGCUCUUCCACCUCCGCCAACGCUUCGAAUUGAGCGAAAUAUUGAUGUCAAAGAUGAUGAAGAUCGACGGCUUGUUCAACUCCAGACACAAAUUGAGGAACUCAGCACAUACAACACAGACAGGCUUCAUCGCGACAGUGUCUGCAUCAUCCAGCCCGAGCACGAAUACUGUCCUGGAGGCAGAAACGCGCGCAACCAAUUUCAGGCUUACAAGUUGCUUUCUUUAGAUCCGGAUAAUGACAACUGGAAAGGUUUUGGGCGUUCAUUUUGCACAACCCAGGCUCGGUCCUCAAGACGAUCGCGACGAAGACAUCUGUCACCACAGCCUCCUCUGGAUGAUGAAAUUCAUACCGAAACAAGCACGAAUACGGUCAAUGCAGCUACCGCAGAAAUGUCACCAAUAGCUCCAGACGAUGACACUACGAUGUCCUUAGGGGGUGUACGAACACCUCCGGCUCCAGCAUCCCAGACCUCUCUUGACAAUGAUUCCAAGACACUGAGCUCGUCUUCAGAGUCAAGUUCCGGGUCAGAGGAAGAAGCCUUUGUUGAUGGUUUCAGUGACUUAAAGGAGACUUUUGUUUUGGAGAUCGACGACGAAACCGAUGAAGACUUGAUGUCAGUCUUGCUUGAGCAAGAAUUGCCAGAGGGGAUCUACAUGUGCAACACGGAUCGUCUCCCGGGGGACUUUGUGCCUGGUGAAAAUGUGCACUUAAUUGUUUCUAUGAAGCGAGUCGAAUGGGACGAAGACGGUAUGCGCGACACGCGCCUGAACGAGCUACUCUCAGUUGUAUUCCAGGAGCUCUUUGCGAGUCUUUUGUUUAAAGUGCGCUCGUAUGCUCCGUGUGCUAUAUGCGGCUUGAAGACGCGAGUAGCAGUAGCUUCUGAAACGAUGCUCGAAGUCGUUCUGAGUGGUAUGGUGAUACUGGAGAAAAAUUUGGAAGGUCCGCUCGAUAACCUUUUGACGAAUGCUGCAAUGGCGCUGGACGUGGAAGAUUCUCUACAAGCUGCUGAUUCGUUGGGCAACUCCAGUUCAACGUCGUCAGGACUGUGCGAUAUUCCACUUCGUGGCAAAGGUUUUUCAAAACUCACUAUGGCGUCAGGAUCUGGUCGUAGUGCAACGAUUGUGCCGGCUCCGUACGGUCGUGAAUGGAUUGAGCUUACCCCACUUGGAUACAUUCCUGGUGCUCACGUGACACGCUACCUUGGUCGUGUAACACUUCACUUUAUCAAGGAAAGCUGGACAGUGCGUGAAAGUGGUGGUUUGGGUGCCUUUUACCAUUUGUUUCUAAGUGAAGCAAUUGCAAUUGUUCGUGCGCACGUGCGAUCACUGGGUGGAAAUGCCAUGCUGACGUUUCGUCUCGUUCCUAUUGAAUCGAGUCAAUUGUACCGGAAUCAAGUGUACAAUAUGAUUAGUAUUACGGGUGACGUUGUGAUGAUUAUGCGUCAAGUGAGUGUCGCAUAUCCACUUCCUUUUGACGGGUCCACUUCUCCUCGUCCUGCAGUAAAACAGAGAGACAUUCCUGAAGACGUUCUUGCUAAACGUUACAAUCUACAAGUAAACCCAUAG